AUGGUGUCAAAAGAUCCAGAACCCAUUUUAUCUUCUCCUUCCCUUCCCACAAGCAGAUGGUGGUCGAAAGAGACGGUGGCCGUAGUGACGGGAGCAAACAAGGGUAUUGGGUUUGCACUGGUAAAAAGGUUAGCAGAAUUGGGAGUAACUGUGAUUUUAACAGCCAGAGAUAAUGUAAAGGGACUCAAAGCAGUUGAGUCACUCAUAGAUCAAGGACUCCAUGUACACUUCUUUUGCCUUGAUGUCUCAGAACUUGUAUCCAUCAAAGCAUUUGCAUCCUGGUUUCAAGAGACAUUUGGAGUACUUGAUAUACUAGUAAACAAUGCAGCUGUAUCUUUCAAUGACAUUCAUGAGAACUCGGUAGAACAUGCCGAGACAGUGAUGAAGACAAAUUUCUAUGGAACAAAAUUACUGACUGAAACCCUCUUGCCCAUGUUUCGUCGCUCAGCUUCUAUGAGUCGUAUACUUAAUAUUAGCUCAAGACUCGGCCUACUUAAUAAGCUCCAAAAUCCAAGUAUAAGAGAGACACUUGGUGAUGAAGAAAGGCUGUCGGAGGAUCACAUCCAAGACAUGGUCGUUACGUUUCUUGAUGAUGUGAAGAGUGGCACAUGGCGAAGCAAAGGGUGGCCAAAAGUGUGGACCGAUUACGCCGUGUCAAAGCUUGCCCUGAACGCAUACUCAAGGAUCAUGGCAAAACGCUAUCAAGGCCGCGGUUUGAGUGUUAAUUGCUUCUGUCCAGGUUUUACGCAGACAUCGAUGACUCGUGGUAAGGGUGAUCAUACUGCAGAUGCCGCCGCAGCCGUCGGGGCUGACCUAGUCUUGCUUCCACCUGAGGAACUGCCAACCGGAAAGUUUUAUAUAGGUUCCAGGUUAAGUGCAUAUUCUAAGUUAUAG